ACAUAUCUAUUAUCAUAUGGGUUGAUGGAAUUCGCUAUCCAUAAAUCUCUCUUGGUGUUCGUUUCGUCUCAACUCUUCCGUGUUUGGUCGCUCCGAGUCCGUGGAUCUUGCUAUGCUUGCUGGAAUGGACUUUGAUAGGAAAAAAGCAGUUCCUUUUAGGAUGAGUAAACAUGAACCCUGCAGUCUCUGAAUUGCUGUGAAGAGCUUGGGUCUUUAAUAACUUUGGCAUGAUAUGCUAUGUGGUUGAUCUGAUUGGGCUUGUUUAAAUGAACGACCCCCUUGGACAAAGAAUUGAAUGGAGCUCUGUUGAUCAAGCUUAGUGAACUUCCCAGCUGGGAAAAUGGGGAAAGUUUGAAUCUUCGAGAUGGUUGGUUCCUUGUGAGAGCAGUUCUUGAUUGAUUGAAAGCCACUUCGAAAGAAUAUUCUGCUCCAUAGCAAGAAUCAUGGAAGUUCGAUGGAGCCUGACUAUCGAAACAAGCGUCAGUCCAAGAACAUAGGAGAUAAUUUCAGCUCUCUGGAUCAGGUUACUACUGCACUCAGAGAAUCCGGUCUUGAAUCUUCAAAUUUAAUCCUUGGUAUUGAUUUCACAAAGAGCAAUGAAUGGACAGGCAAGUAUUCCUUCAAUCGGAAAAGUCUUCACGCUGUUGGUAACACACCCAACCCGUACGAGCAAGCUAUAUCAAUAAUUGGACAAACUCUGUCUCCUUUCGAUGACGAUAAUAUGAUCCCUUGUUUUGGAUUUGGUGAUGCUUCAACGCAUGAUCAAUAUGUUUUCAGCUUCUAUCCUGAUCAUCGGCCUUGUCAUGGCUUUAUGGAAGUGCUUGCACGUUAUAGAGAGAUUGUACCUCGCUUGAAAUUGUCAGGACCAACAUCUUUUGCCCCGAUAAUUGAUGCAGCAGUUGAUAUUGUGGCCGGUAGCAAUGGGCAGUAUCAUGUCCUUGUCAUUAUUGCGGAUGGACAGGUUACGAGAAGUCCCGAUGUCCCACGCGGGAGGUUCAGCCCACAAGAACAAGCUACCAUAAACUCUAUAGUGGCUGCUAGCCAAUACCCACUCUCGAUCAUUUUAGUUGGUGUGGGUGAUGGACCAUGGGAUGCAAUGCAGCAAUUCGACGAUAAUAUUCCACAGCGUGGAUUUGAUAACUUCCAGUUUGUGAACUUUACAAAAAUCAUGUCUGAUAACCAAGAUGUUUCAAAGAAAGAAGCAGCCUUUGCGCUUGCUGCUCUCAUGGAGAUCCCGUUCCAGUACAGAGCCACCCAGAGCAUCAAUCUCAGCAGUGGAGAACCAAAGGGUCAACGCAUAAGGCCGCUCCCACCACCGCGAGAGGUGGUUGAUCGUGACGAUAGGGUUAAGUCGGUCCCACAUAUGACAAGCUCUCAGAAAUCUGAGCCUGGUGCUUCUGUUGAACCAGUUUGCCCCAUUUGCUUGACCAAUCCGAAGGACAUGGCUUUUGGUUGUGGCCACAUGACAUGCAAGGAAUGUGGGGCGUCACUCUCUUCUUGCCCUCUGUGCCGAGAACCCAUCAAGACGCGGAUUAGAUUGUACACUUGACCUCUUCGUUUCAGCGGCCAUCCGAUGGUGGAUGGAAGCCUCAUAUAAGUUGUGCCAUGUUAAAACCCUCCAUCAAUUAACUGCGAGAAAGAGGGGAAAGCCACAUAUAUAUGUAGUGCCGUGCUAAAGCUCUCCAUCAAUGAACUGCGAGAAGGAGGAGCGAGUUGCAAUCAUACGCCUUUAGACUCGUUUGUUCAAAAACCUGAAGGGGCUACUGCUUCUAUCUUAUGUUUUAAUUUGAUUUGUAUAAUUACAAAUGUCUCGAGAGGAUUUUCUUUUCUUGGCUUUUUAUCUUGAUUUUCUUUGGAUGUCCAUGUGGUGUUUUCCUUUACCAAAAGUUAUGCUGUGCAAAAAUCUUGGGUUU